AUGUACACUAGCCGCGCAGAUUCAAUCACAGAACAGAACCCCAUGUAUGGGCCAAAAAAUGGAUUGGCCUGUCCGGAAGCGGAGGAUUGGUUUGAAAAAAGGCAGCAGGUCCGAAAGCAAAUAUCUCAAUGCAAGCUAGAUGAUCAAGACUGGGAUUAUGUGAAACGGUUUUCGGAUGAAAAUGUCGACGGUUGGGCAUUCUACCCAGGUUUCUGUUUACUGGCACAGGAGCCUUUAGAUAUUUAUUCUACUGCCAGCCGGAGACCUAACCAGAAGUUCCUUUUGGUAAACGAGGUAGUGUUUCCGAGCACAGAGGAGUCCGCAAGUAACCGUUGGACAGUAGAGACUGGGAGCUGGCAUGUUUAUCAGCAUGCAUUAAAUGCAGCGAUUGAAUACAUGACGGCAGCCCACAGAUCGCACAAGCCGAUUAUGCUUUGCCUCCAACGCGAUUUGGCAGAAGUAUACCAUGAACUUCGACAGUACGAAAAGGAUGGGCUUUUGUACCGUGCGGUACUGGAAACACAGAAAAAACAUGACUUCUUCGGUCCAGAGAACCCGGACACAGUUCUUACGAUGACCAAACUGGUCGAGCAUUAUGCGAGAGGAUAUGGCAGUGCUGAAGACAGAGAAGCAGGAAAAGUCAUGUCUCAUGAAUUGUAUGAUAUAAAUAAGAAGAUACUAAGGCAAGACAAUCCCAAAACAGAGCGCAGCUGGGACUUGGUGGCGCAGCUAGAUCAUAAAGAAGUCGCCUUGAAAGCUUGCGGUGAUUACAUAGAGAGCCGUAAAGAACGCAAAGCGAAACGAACUUCAAAGGAUAUCCUAUGGUUGAUUAUUCUAAGAUUGAAACUAAUAGGGCAUGGUAUGUAGAUUGAACUAUAAUAAAAUUAAAUGACCGUCAUAUCUUCUCAUAGUUUGUGUGCGAUUUGAGCUUUCUUCUAGACACACAUGCUUUAAGACAUUGACUCAAACAGUGUACUCGUAG